AUGCUACAGCAGAAUUUCGUAGGGGGUUUUAAACAGUUUGCUGCGGAUCACCUUAAUGUGGUAACAAGCUCAGUUAGCUCCGAGGAAGUUCGUAGUACACUUUUCAUGAUGGACCCGUUGAAAGCUCCAGGGGUUGAUGUUUACCAAGCAGGUUUCUUUCAGCAGAAUUGGAGUACAAUGGAAGAAGAUGUCGUUCGCUUUGUUAAAGAGUUCUUCGAAAACGGAAUUUUACCAGAUGGGGCGAAAAGAACUCUUUUAGUGCUUAUCCCUAAAAUUGAGUUGCCUGAAAAAUUUUCUCAGUUCCGCCCGAUCAGUCUGUGCUUGGUCCCGUAUAAGAUUAUCACCAAGAUUCUGGUUAAACAUUUGAAGCCCUUUUUGCCAGAGUGGGUGUCCGAGAAUCAGGUCAGCUUUGUUCAGGGCAGGAAUAUAACUGAUAACGUUAUCUUGGCAAAGAAGAUUGCCUAUCCACUUUGUAAGAUGGAUUAUGGCAUGUGUUACUUCCAUGUCUAUGCAGUUGUUGUGGAAUGGUUGUCUCAUGCAAUCAACCAUCGAGUUGCUAAUAGUUUGUGGAAGCAGAUUCAUCUGUCUAAAAAUGGCCCUGGAAUCUCUCACCUCUUCUUUUCAGAUGACCUAGUGCUCUUUGCCGUAGCAUCUUUAGAUCAAGUAGUGGUUAUUAAGGAGGGAUUUGGGUUUGAGGAGGUAACGAAUCUUGGUAAGUACAUUGGAGUUCCACUUUUGCAUGGACGGAUGACAAAGGAAACGCACAAAUACUUGAUUGAGAAAGUUGAGAAACGUUUAGUAGGUUGGGUGGCGAAGACUCUUUCUAUUGCGGGCCGUAUUACACUGGCUAAGGUAGUCCUUCAGGUAAUACUGUACUAUGCAAUGCAAUCAACUUGGCUGCUAGAAGGUGUUUUUAAUGCUUUGGAGCAUGGUUUUCAGAACAGGUUAGCGAACCGGUUCAUUGGUUCAACCGGUCGAACCGGUCCUACCGGUCGGAAAAACCGGACGACGUCAUAA